UGGUUUGUGAUUUAUACUAACAAGUAGUACCAUGUACACUACAAGCACCACCUCACUACACAGCACAUCAGUACAAAGACAACAACAACUACACACAUCCAAAAUUGCAAAUCCAACAAGAGAGCAGAGCUCACCCAGCCACCCACUCACACACACCCUCACAUCUGAUCUAGUGGUAUGAGUGAGCACAAGACAAACCCUGGAAUCAAUCAGCCUCCAAAGACAAGGGGGGCCCAAGCUGCCACCCCUCCAUCCCAAUUCUGUUUUCUUGGAUCCCUCUCCUGCCAAUGCUGCCACUGCCAAUGCCUUGCCCAUAAAAGUUUUUCAAACACUCCUGCCAGCCACUGCCUCUGCCCCUCCAUAACUCCUCUCCUCCUUCCCCCAUUUGGCCAUCUUUGCCCGGACGAUCGGACCAAGCAAGCUGCAAGCUGCUGCUGCUUCCACUCCAUGUGCCCCAGAGCAGCCAUGGCGAGAGCUUCUGCUCAGUGCUUUGGAGAGGAGGAGUACAUCGACCUGGAUCUCAGUUCUUGCCGGGGGUUCGAGUUCCGGGUGUGCCGGAGCGCGGCGGCGCCACCGCCCUGCGGGGAUGAGAUGCUCUUCCGGGGCAGCAGGCUGCACAAGGCCAAGCAUCAGCAGGAAGCUGACGCGGGCGGCGGCGGCGGAGGUGGAGGUGGAUGUGGCGGCGGCAGGAGGAGCACCGCGACGGUCGCGCCGUGGCAUGCUGCUGCUGCUGUUGCGGGGAUCCGCAAUGCGCAGCCCGCGGCCAGGAUGCAACGACAGCCGGACGGCGGCGCCACCGGCCGGCGCAAGAAGGGCGCCGCCGGGUCCGUGCACGCGAAGCUGCAGGCGUCGCGUGCCUUCUUCCGGUCCCUGUUCGCCAGGACCUCGUGCUCCGACGAGCAAUGCCACGGCGUCGGCGUCCGGGCCACCACCAGGAGCAGCAGGGCGGCCACCGCGGCUAGCGGAGCGGCCGGGUCCGUCAAGCCGGCGCCGUUUGGCCAAAUCAGGAACAGCUACGGCAGCUGCAGCGGCAGGGGGGCGGCGGCGGCGCCGACCACCCUGAGGAGCAGCAUUGAGCAGGAGAAGCUGAUGGACGAGGAGGAGCACGCGGCCAGCGUCCGCCAGCGCAAGUCCUUCUCCGGAGUGAUCAAGUGGCGUCCUCCGCCGGCGCCUGCAGCCGCAGCCGCGAGGCCGCCGCCGCCGCCGGCAUUCCCGACGAGGAGGAGCUCCUCGGCAGCGAGUGACCCGCCGCUGAAGCGAUGCAGCAGCGCCCGGUCCGAGUCGGAGGGGCUCAUCCAGGGCGCCAUCGCCUACUGCAAGCGCUCGCAGCAGCAGCUCGUGCUCGCCAGGAAGAGCGUCAGCGACGCCGCCCUCUGCUCCCUGCAAUUCCAAAUCCAGCUCUAGUGUGUAGCCUCCUCCUCCUCUUCCUCCGAUUACUACGUGUGCAUGCUAGCUAAUUAUAAAUGGUUCCUAAAAUGAUCACGACGACGACAAUAAUGUGAAGUGAUUCUCUUUCUUUCUUUCUUCCAUUCAUCU